AUGGUUGGGAAAUAUAAGAAGAAAAAUGUUAUUAAGUGCAAUGCUUGUUCAGCAAACAUUACAAAAUCGCAAGCAUCUAUGAGAUGCCAUGGUGGGUGUAGUGGAUGGUUUCAUAAGGCGCGUACGAAGUUAUCUAAUGAGGAGUACUUAAUAUUCAGUUCAAAAACUUAUAAGAAUGUAUGGAAAUGCCCUAAAUGUGUUGAAGCAUCUGAUGGAGACGGUGAUGGAGACGAACAAUCUGAAUCGGAUGAGGAAAUCCAAACGACAUGUUCCACUUCACAACAGCGUUAUUCUAUUCAUGAAUCAUUAAAUCAAGCGAACCCCUCUAAUAAAGAUAUAUUAGAUGUUAUGACAGCAAAAUUUUCUAUCUUGGAGAAAUCUAUUCAGUUUACCAGCGAUAUACUUGAUGAUUUACAAAAAACAAUUAAGGCAGUUGGUCAGGAGAACGAGCGACUCAGGAAGGAGCAAAAUGUAUUGAAAGGCAAAGUUCAGGGUGUCGAGGAUCAGGUUCAUGUGCUACAACAAAAAAUAGAUAAUGAAGAACUUCAGGAAAAAAGUUGUAAUGUGGUCGUUGUUGGGUUACCAGGCAGCCCUACUGAUAACUUACGAAAAGUGUUCCAUAAACUUCGAUUUGCUGUUCAAGAUGAAGAAUAUACUAUUUUGCCGCUUCGCACUGAAACUCAGCUUGUGAGAUUUACUAAGCCAGAACUCUCUAAGAAGCUACUGGAACUUCGGAAAUCCAUCAGAGUGCUUGAUACUAAGGAUCGUGGAAUAGACGGAGAGACGAGGAGAAUCUAUAUAAAUGAAGACUUGCCAAAAACGACAAGACUUAUUGAAAAAGGCCAGAGAGUUGAAGAAUUUUGGUUACAGUUUAAUAGCAUUAAUGAAGCAGAUCUGCUUGAUGCCCUUGCUAGCAUUAAAUCCAAUGCAGCAGGCUGCGAUGGUAUAUCUCUAUUAAUGGUUAAAUUGUGCUGUCCUUAUAUUGCCCCCUACCUUGCUCAUAUUUACAAUUGCUGUUUAAAUAAUAGCUAUUUUCCGAUUAGUUGGAGAAAUGCAAUGAUCAUGCCCUUGCCAAAAAUCUCCAAUCCUACAAGUUUAAAAGACAUUCGACCUAUAAGUAAAUUGCCAGUUUUAUCAAAGAUAUUGGAAAAGUUGGUAUAUAGUCAAGUUUUAAAUCAUUUAACUAAACAUAAUUUGAUCCCUGAUUGCCAGUCAGGAUUCAGGAGUAAAUAUGGUACUUCUGCCGUUUUAGCUAAAGUUUUGGAUGAUAUAUUAACAGAAUUAGAUACAGGUAAGGGUGCAAGUCUGCUUCUAUUAGAUUAUACUAAGGCAUUUGACACCUUGGGGCAUGACCUUUUACUGGCAAAGCUUCAUUAUUACGGGUUUUCGGAAAAUGUUGUGGAAUUGGUUGGCAGUUAUUUGUCUAAUAGAUGCCAGUGUGUAGUUCUCGAUGAGGCUCAGUCGGAUGCUUUACCGCUUUCUAGGGGUGUACCUCAGGGUUCCAUUUUGGGACCACUCUUGUUCCUUAUUUACACCGCUGAUUUGAAAAAUAAUGUUGUGGAUUGCGAACUGCAUCAAUUUGCCGAUGACACGCAAAUAUAUGCAACUUACACUGCUGAAAAUGCAGCAGCUGUUUACAAUAAUAUUAAUUCUGCUCUUGAGAAAAUAAGUAAAUACUCAUUGAAUCAUGGUCUUCAGUUGAAUCUUGGCAAAACUCAAAUGAUUUGUUUUGGUAGGGUACCCUUAGCAAAGGGAUUAUCUGUUAAACUGAAUAACGAAAUAAUCCAUCCAUUAAAAACUGUCAAGAAUUUGGGUUUGGCUCUAGAUUGUGAUUUGAGAUUUCGAAAUCAUGUCAAUUCGAUUGUGCAGAAAAGUUAUACAGCAUUGAGGGGAUUGUAUAGGAAUAAAAAUAUUAUGAGCAAGCAUUGA